AUGUCCAACGUAUCAGAAAAGUUUCAGUUUGUCUACAGUUAUCAACUUGAAGAUCGUAUACAAAUAAAAAUUGGUUCAGUCGACGGUGAACGACCUCAACCAGCUUCAAAUGAUUUAUUUCAUUCGAAAAAUUCAUCAUUUAUUCGUAGUUUAAAUGAUACAAAACAUAGUGAACCUUAUGUGGUUUGUCAAGUUUUUUCCGAUGGACAACCAUUGUGUAUGCCUGUUCAAACAUCUUUUAAACCAUUUAACGAUAGAUGGAAUUGGAACGAAUGGUUAACAUUACCAUUGAGAUAUUGUGAUUUACCUCGGCAUUCUAUUUUAACUUUAUGCAUUCAUGAAAUUUUUUCACCAACUGAUACAAGAAUUGUUGGCAGUACAACAAUAUCGUUAUUUGCAUCUGAUGGAACAUUCCGACGUGGUAUCUAUGAUUUAAAAUUAUGGCCGAAAACUCCACCCGAUGUUAGAUUUAAUUCUUCAACAUUAGGAAAAAUUGAACCAACAUUAAAUUCAGAACCAAUUCUUAAUAAUUAUAAAAAUAAAACUCCAACAAAUCUACAAAAUAAUUCGAAACAAAUAGCAACAGAAACGCCGGUUAUUACAUGGAAUGACGAAAGUGAAUAUCCGAUGUUGGAUGAAUUCAGUCGAAUAUCAAAAUUAAUUAAAACGCAUUGCGAUGGCCAUACGAUAAAUCAAGAAUGGCUUGAACAAUUAAUAUUACCUAAAACACAUUCAUCCUUGGAUACGGAACGAUCAAAUACGAAAUCAAUGCUUCUAUUGAUUGAGUUUGCGCGAACAAUGAUGGGCAAUAGUGAAUGUUCUGUGAUUUAUUUUGAGCCGAGCUUUAAUGAUAUCAUUAACUAUCCAAUUGGUUAUACAGAUUUAGUUGUUUUUGAUCCUGAACUCAAUCUCGAAAAUAUUGUUGAAAGUAAACAUUUAAAAUUAGCACGCAGUGGUCGUAAAGCUAUGGAUAAAGAAUUAAAGCCAGCACGUGAACAACAUGAUAAACUCAUGGAAAUCUUGGAAUAUUCACCCGGACAAUUUCUUCCGAUUGAAGAACAAGAUUUAGUGUGGAAGUACCGAUUUUUCUUAUCGCAACAUAAAAAAGCACUUGCAAAAUUUCUUCAAUGUGUUCACUGGGAUAAGGAAGAAGAAGUUAAACAAGCACUUGAUCUAUUACAACAAUGGGUUACAAUGGAUACGGAAGAUGCGCUUGAAUUACUUGGUCCAGCCUAUCAUCAUCCUAAAGUUCGUUCUUACGCUGUUGCGAGAUUGAGACAAGCAUCCGAUGAAGAUCUUCUUUUAUAUCUUUUACAAUUGGUACAAGCUCUCAGAUAUGAACGUUAUGAUUUAAUCAACGCUUAUCUUGUUGAUGCUGCUGGCGAAGACCAAAACAGUUUAAAUAGUAGUAGUGAAAACUAUGCAAACGUUGUCGUUCCAUCUGAUUCGUCUUCGGUUGAUUCAACAAAAUUCUGCUGUCCACCAAUUGAUUUAUCCACGUUUUUAAUUCAACGAGCAUGUGAAAAGCCAAUAAUUGCAAAUUAUUUAUUUUGGUAUGCAUAUGUUGAAUGUGAAAAUACUAGUUCAUUGAAAGAUAAAGCUACAAGUGAUAUGUAUGAAGCAUUCGUUGAACGACUUAGUAUCACACUUAAAACGAAAAAUGAGCAAACACAACAAGUUCGUUUAUCAAUUGAAGCACAAAAGAAAUUUGUUGAUAAACUUGUCGAAUUAACCAAUAUUGUUAAACGAGUACAAGGUUCAGCGAAAGUUAAAGAAGACAAGUUGCGCAGUUUAUUAUUAGAGGGCGAUGAUUCGCCGGUGAAAUUUAAUUUUCUUAAUUUUGACCCAAUAUCGUUACCAUUAGAUCCUGAAAUUAAAAUUCGACGAAUUAUUCCGGAAAAAAUUCGAAUAUUCAAAAGUGCAAAAUUACCGUUUCUUUUUGUAUGUGAAACAACGCAAGGUGAAGAAUAUCCAAUUAUAUUUAAAUAUGGCGAUGAUCUCCGACAAGAUCAACUUAUCCUACAGAUUGUUACUUUAAUGGAUCGAAUUCUUCGAAAAGAAAAUAUAGAUUUGAAAUUAACACCAUAUAAAGUCUUAUCGACAAGUUUGAAACAUGGUUUUGUUCAAUAUAUUGAAUCACAACCAUUGCAAAAGAUCCUCGAAGGUAAUCGCACGAUUCGUCAAUAUCUACAAAGUAAAGUAACUGUAACGAAUACGGAUGAUACGGUUUUGAACGAAACGGGUAUUCCUCGAGAAAUGAUGGAUGCCUAUGUGAAAAGUUGUGCUGGUUAUUGUGUCGUGACAUAUUUGUUGGGCAUAGGCGAUCGACAUCUUGAUAAUUUACUAUUACGAGAUUCAGGCCAAUUGUUUCAUAUUGAUUUUGGUUUUAUUAUGGGCCGAGAUCCCAAACCAUUACCACAAGCAAUGCGAGUUUCAAGAGAUAUGAUGGAAAUGUUGGAUGAAAAACAUUUAUUCGACUUUUCACGGCAUUGUUUUACUGCUUUUAUUAUCCUACGAAAACAUGCGAAUGUUUUUGCAAAUUUAUUUUCACUUAUGUUAGAUGCAAAUAUACCUGAUAUCGCAUUGGAACGAGAUAAAACAGUUAAAAAAUUACUUGAUAAAUUUCGCCUGGAUUUAGAUCCUGAAAAAGCCACAAGCUAUUUGAAAGAUUUAAUUGAUUCUAGUAAAGGCGCUAUUGUGCCACAAUUUUAUGAUUAUUUACAUAAGUGGGCUCUUGCGUUUCGAUGA